GAAGUGACAUCUAUGCAUCACAACCAUACCAGUGCAGGUGCGCAGGAGGCUACGUAUUCGUGUUUGGCUAUUCUAAGGUCACCAAGCUCAACAAGAGAAGGUAUGGGUGGGGAUCACGGCCACAGCAAAGUGGCCCUGCCAGACUACAAGAUCUGGAAAUGGGAGGGAACGCCACUUGCAGACACACAGCAGAGGCUUGCUCGGAGGGGAUUGCGGGACCCAUGGAUGCGGAAUGAAGCUUGGAGAUACACAGGAUCAUUUGGUGUUCCAGUUACCUUUAAAGAUGUCCUUGCCCGUGGGUUCAAGAAAGGAUUCCUUGCUUUUGCUGUGUGCCUGGCAGUGGAGUAUGCUUUUUUCCCUCCCAAGAAAUCAGAGCACUGAUUCAUGUUUGGAAGUAAAAGCUGGACUUUGGAGGCAUCUAUCACUGUAUGUGAUCAUAAUGGUGUUAACCAAGAUGUGUACUUUUUGUCUUUCCCAUGAAUAUUCCUUGGAUGUUGUAAUUAGAUUGUAUGGUCAUGUUUAACUACAUGCAUUAAUAAAAUAAUAUAAAAAUGUCA